UCAUUCUUCAUCCCACUACUCGCUACUCCCAACUCUCCCGAGUCACUCGAUCCGAGUUCACAAAAUCAUCAAAACAUUCAUCUCUCUCUCUCUCUCUCUUCUCUCUCUCUUACCCUCCUUUCUCUUUCUUUCUUUCUGUCUUUUUGGCCAAUUCCUUCGUGGGUUCGUUGUCUCAAGCUCUUCUUCCCCCUCCAUUUGCCGUUUUAACGCCGCCAUUAUUACUCCUUUUCAUAUCUUCUUCUUCUCUGUCUUCCAUUUUGCUUCUGCUGCUCUGUUCUUUUUGGAACUGAGAAGAAAGGAGGAAGAACGGCGGUGGAGUUUCGUUUUUCUUUUGCUUUCUUCUCCUUGAAAUCGUCUUCUUUAGUUAGUUUCUCUUCUUGUUUUGGAUUUUGGUUGCAAUUUCUGAGAAAUGAAUCUGUUUUUCUCUUUCGUUGUGAGACGGGUGUUUUGAUUCUUUUGAUGCUCUGAACGAUUCCUCAACUCGUUUUCUUGAAUACCCACAUCUUGAUUUUUGGUUUUUUGGACUGGGUUCUGUUUUCUCUCGUCAAUCUCUUCGAUUUCGGCUGCUGGGUAUUGAGAUUUGGUUGGGAAAUGCAGGAUGUGUUUUGAGGAAUUUUGGGGUUUUUGAUUAAGAUUUCUCUAUUCCCUGCCGUUAUGUGGGGCGUGGUUCAUGCGAUGCGUUUGCUUUGAAGCUGUUGAAUGAUGAUUUUCCUCAAGAUUCUAGGGUUUAUGCGUUCGUUUACGGCUCAUAUCUACUGGGUUCGGUUCAAUGCUUCUCGGGAUUUUCAAGAAUUUGCGCUGUGAUAUGGUUUCUUUACUCCUCUAGCUCUGAAAUUACCACACAUUAUCGCCAUUGGAACCAAUUUAAUCAGUCUUCGGGAGCUUCUUUUUCAAGGAUUCCAAAAGGGAAAAAAAAAGUAAUCUCUGCGAGAGAAUAAGGGUUUUUGCAACGGUUUAAAUUUAUCAUCCCCUUCCUUCAAAGCUGCUUUUAGGUUUUUGGCAUUGCGUCCUUCAACUGAGAGCAUAUAUUUUGAGGGAUUUCCGUUUACAAGUUAUUAAUUUCUCUUGCCUGAGGGAGGGGCAUAUGAUUUAUUGCCUAUUUGAAGAUCUUUAUUGCGUAUUUGCCGUUAUCACUUUGUGGUAUUUUUUAACUCUCAUUCGGGUGUUGUUCUCUUCUCUGGUUGAGCUGAAAUCUACUUGCAUCGCUGUGAGUUGUGAGAUUUCAAAGCAUCCAUGGGGCUUCCUAGAAGUCUCGUGAUGCUUAUUCUUCCAAUGUGCUUCUUGUUUUUGGCUGAUUCGGUUAUGGUUCGAUCAGCUGAUACUGGUUCUUCGAUGCGUUCUUUGGAUGCAUUUCUCCAGGAAUAUGCUUAUAAGGCACUGGUUAAUCCGAAAACUGGUGUUCCUUACGAUGCAGCUCCCCCCUCAAAUUUGACAGGGAUUAGCAUUAGAGCUAUGAGGCUGAGAAGUGGGAGUUUUAGGCGAUAUGGUGUUGAUUCAUUCAAGGAGUUCGAGAUCCCGACCGGUGUUAUAGUGCAGCCGUAUGUUGAGAGGCUCGUUUUAGUUUAUCAGAAUUUGGGGAACUGGUCUGAAGAGUAUUAUGCUUUGCCUGGUUAUACCUACUUAGCACCAGUUUUGGGUCUUCUUGCUUACAAUGCCUCCAAUCUUUUGGCUACAAAUCUCCCCGAACUCGAAAUGAGAGCUUCCAUGGACCCGAUACAUGUUAAGUUCGACAAUGUCAAGUCCCUCCCGGAUGGGACUGUUGCAAAGUGUGUUUGGUUUAAUCUCGAGGGAAAAGCCAAUUUUAGCAAUGUGGAGUCUGGAAACACAUGUUCAACCAUCCGACAUGGGCAUUUCUCUAUCGUUGUCGAGUCAAUCGCUCCUUCCCCGACACCACUAUCGCCCCCGGGGACUGUAAUCCCCAAUGCACCUCCACCACCUUCAAAGAAGGAAAACAACACUAGAGUUUGGAUCAUAGUAGGAUCUGUUUUGGGUGGAGCAUUGCUAUUGGCAUUGCUCUCACUCCUCAUUCUGUGGCUUCGCAAGUUAAAGCAAAGAAACAAAAUGGAUCAGAUGGAGAGGGCAGCAGAAUCUGGAGAACCUCUACAAAUGGCAAUAGUCGGCGACACGAAAGCACCCACGGCGACCGUGACAAGAACGCAGCCGACUCUUGAGACGGAAUACGUGCCUUGAAUUCUCUACCGGCCGAUCUUUCGUCGGGUCCUAAGAUAUUCCUCCUGCAUUCAAACAUAUUCAUCCCUUUUAGUAGAUCUCUCUCACAUCUCAUUUGAUAUGUUUUUUUUUUCUUUUCUUUUCUUUUCUUUUUUCCUCUCAUUUUUCGUUUUCAUUUCCUGAUCCAUUCCCUCUCUGCUUUUGAUGGUAUUCUUGUGAGUAGUAGAAGUUUUUAAUGAUGAUUUUUGUGUAAAUCCCGUUUAUUUCCUGAUACAUGUAAUGAUGAAUGAUUCAUUGUUUGGCACGAAAAACGUUACUGAGAAGAGAUUUUCUUCUUCUUGUGUAUCUGAUGAAUUUGGUUUUAUGCAAUUCCGAAGGUAAUAAAGAGAUUCUCAUGAAAUGUUUUGUUUGUU